AUGCCGCUUCAGCAAGCUGGUGGUUUUAUCGCUUAUGAAGACACAACCAUUGUUCCCUCGCUUGUGCAAGCCGCUGGCGGUAUUGUUCUCGAACUGGGCCCAGGGCCAGGCAAUCAGAUUCAUCGUUAUGAUACCUCCCUUGUCAAACGUGUGUAUGGCGUUGAGCCUAAUCCCUACUUUAAAGAUGACAUAGAGGCCAAGCUGGACAAGCAUGGCCUGCGGGAUAGGUAUAAGCUUAUAAUUUGUGGCGUUGAAGAUAGCGAUGUUCUGAGAGAAGUGGGAAUAACGGAGGGAAGUUUGGAUGCCGUGUUAUGCAUCCAGGUCCUGUGUGCGGUAAAGGAUCCGAAGAACGUGAUGAAGGAGGUGUGGAAGCUGCUCAAACCUGGAGGCAAGUUUAUAUUUUGGGAACACGGAUGGAGUAGAAACCGUUUGACGACUGUAGCGCAAGCUUGCUCGAAUCCUGCCUGGAGCACAUUUGUUGGAUGCCAUUUGACCCGGAAUGUGUUGGCGGACAUUCUCAACAGUGGAGAGUGGGAAAAUCCGCAUGAGAUUGAAGAACCCGAAGAACCGUUUAGCUUGCUACCUAGGAUUCAGGGUGUGCUUGUCAAGAAAAAGGCUUAA